AUGUUAAAGAAAGAGAAUGUAGGCCCUUUAAAUGAUGAAUUGGGAGCAUUGAUAAAUGAUGACAAAUUAAAAGCGGAAAUACUGAACAAUUUUUUUUCAUCAGUAUUUACCAGGAAGGAUGAACCGGUGACAUUAAUGCAUGACGACAGUGAAGGUAAUGAUUCUUGGCUUGAUGCUUGUUUAAGUGAGGAAAUAGUCCUGGAGAGACUAGGUAACGUGAAGAUUAAUAAAUCACCAGGCCCAGACGGACAAAUAAGUAAGAGGAUUUUCACUAACAAGACCGUGUGGAAAGGGACAUUGUUCUCUGAUCAAGCCAACUACAGACGAGAAAAACCACAUCUGUGCUCUGAGUGUGACAAACACUUUACAUGUAAAUCAGCACUUCUUACACAUCAGAGGAGUCACACAGGAGAGAAACCAUUUACAUGUUCUGAAUGCAGCAAGUGUUUUUCCCGAAAUUCAUCUCUUGUUUUACAUCAGAGGAUUCACACAGGAGAUAAACCGUUUGAAUGCUCUGAAUGCAACAAGUGUUUUUCCCAGAAGUUACAUCUUGUGCGUCAUCAGCGGAGUCACACAGGAGAGAAACCAUUUGAAUGCUCUGAAUGUAACAAGUGUUUCAAAGAGAAGCGAAAUCUUGUUAUACAUCAGAGGAUUCACACAGGAGAGAAACCAUUUACAUGUUCUGAAUGCAGCAAAUGUUUUACCCAAAACUCACAUCUUGUUAGCCAUCAGAGGAGUCACACAGGAGAGAAACCAUAUAAAUGCUCUGAAUGUAACAAGUGUUUUACCCAAAACUCACAUCUUGUUAAACAUCAGAGGAGUCACACAAGAGAGAAACCGUUUAAAUGUUCUGAAUGUAACAAGUGUUUUACAGUGAAGCAAAAUCUUGUUAUACAUCAGAAUGUUCACACAUAA